GCGGGGCAGGACUCUCAAACCCCGGCAGGGAUUGAACCGCAGCUGCUCGGUCCAGCCUUCAGUUUUAGUGCCUCCGGUUCUCCCGGUGGUUUUUUUGUUUUCGCCGUGACUCGGUACACGGCUGGGGAAGAUGUCCGACGCCAGCUGGAAGCCCUUUGUGUUCGGCGGACUCGCUUCCGUGACGGCGGAGUGCGGGACUUUCCCAAUCGACCUGGCAAAGACUCGACUACAAGUUCAAGGCCAAGUAGGCGACAGCAAAUACCGAGAGAUCCGGUACAGAGGCAUGCUCCACGCUAUAGUGAGGAUAGGACGAGAGGAGGGGCUCCGGGCUCUGUAUUCAGGAAUCGCUCCUGCUAUGCUGCGCCAGGCCUCCUAUGGGACCAUAAAAAUUGGCACAUACCAGAGCUUUAAGCGACUGCUGGUUGACAGGCCGGAGGAUGAGACUAUGCUGACUAAUGUGCUGUGCGGUAUUCUCUCUGGAGUCAUCUCGUCCUCCAUCGCCAACCCCACUGAUGUGCUGAAGAUCCGCAUGCAGGCUCAGGGAAAUGUGAUCCAGGGCAGCAUGAUGGGCAACUUCAUCAACAUCUACCAGCAGGAGGGAACAAGAGGACUGUGGAAGGGUGUCUCUCUAACGGCUCAGCGGGCGGCCAUCGUGGUUGGAGUCGAGCUACCGGUCUAUGACAUCACAAAGAAGCAUCUGAUCCUGUCGGGUCACAUGGGGGACAACGUGUACACACACUUUGUGUCCAGCUUUGCGUGCGGUCUGGCGGGGGCUCUGGCCUCCAACCCCGUGGACGUAGUCCGGACACGAAUGAUGAAUCAGAGAGGAGGAGCUCUGUACCAGGGAACACUGGACUGCAUACUGCAGACGUGGCGCUCCGAGGGCUUCAUGGCCCUCUACAAGGGUUUCUUUCCCAACUGGCUGCGCCUGGGACCCUGGAACAUCAUCUUCUUCCUCACAUACGAACAGCUGAAGAAGAUCAACGUGUGAGCGAGAGAACGAGACGGUGAAGAAGAGACGAGAAUGUGCUCACGCUCCGAAACGAGCUGAGAGGACCAAAAAUGGCUGGAUGUUGAUGGAUCCUUGAUGGAGCCACUGAGAGGGCGAAGGGGGUUGAUGUAGACCCAUGUACGAGGGGCGGCGUGAGAAUGUGCCGGAUUCCUGUUUGGGCUGCAUGUCUCCAAAAGCCUGUGGCAAGUUGGAAGACACUCAUAUCUGAUGUUUUUGCUCAUCUACAUGCUGUGUUCAGCUUACGCCUAUCAUAUACUGGGAAACUGAAAAUGCUUUUAAAUCUGUCGUCUAAAGAUAAUGUGAAUAUUUCAUCACAGACUGUCCGAUUUUGCAGAGACUGGGAUCUUGCUGGAUCACCAUUUGCAAGACUAUAAUUAGAUUCCUUUAGAGAUUAUUUCCAAUCCUGCUUCUGGUGGAGAAAAAAACACCAAACUCCCUUUAAGAAAUAUGACGUUUAAACAAUUCCUUACGUGUAUGCGAAAACACAUAACUCUAGAAAAACGAGAUAAAAGGCGCCAGAUGUCGACAGUAUUCUCCUGAAUUCGGCUUGGUUUGACACAGACUUUACAUUUUGGAUUUUCUCGCCUUAACUUGCCACCAGCCUCCAUUGGUUAGCUGCGCUCUUCUAGUGGGAAAAAGAGGCAAAAAUUAAGAUUUCUCACUAAAAUAAGUGCUGGUUGGUGGAUCAGAUAAACGUCAAAUUAAACACAGUCCCAUCCCAGAUAGCAAAACUAUUGGUUGUUGACGAUAUUCACGCCAAGACAAAAAUGGUAUGCUCAUAUCAAACAUGUUUAAUUUUGUCGAACGUCAUGAGAGGAAAAAGACCGACUUAAGACAGCUCAGACUGAGUUUUAUGACCACCUUACAUCAAACGAUAGGGAUCACGGGAGCACGCACCGACUGAGGUUAAACUCAUGAUUUUAUUACGACACUGGACAUUUGUCUGCAAAAGUGAAAUUACUAAAAAGUGGUUUGAUGUAAGGCCGGCAUAAACCACCCAUAUUAAGGUCAAGUGUGUAGGACAAAGGGGGAUAUAUUGGCAGAAAUGGAAUGUAAUAGUAUUUUUUCUUUUGAGUUUAAUCACCUGAAAAUGAGAAUCUUUGUGUUUUCGUAACCUUAGAAUCAGCCGUUUAUAUCGACACAGGGAGCAGGUCCUCGUCUACCAAUCUGCGUGUUUCACGACUAGGUCUCUACAGUCUUUAUUAUUAUUAUUAUUAUGCUUUAUUCAGUGUUUUAAUCACUGGAUUAAUUUGUUUUGGAGAGAAACAGACCUCUGUGAAUAAUUUGGCUUCGGUAAAAACCUCCUCAGUGUCUGGAUCUUACAUUAUCAGAGGGAAACGGUGAGCACACAGUAGCAUGUGGUCGACUCGCUGCCCGUUUUUAACAUGCCAAACAGCCUCGGAGAAACACUGAUUUAUAACAUGAAACUGCUUUAUUCAGUGUUUUCACUGGCUAAAAUCACAGGGUCUGUUUAUUCUGAAGAGGAAAAGGUCUGCAGAUAAUUCGGCUUCCGGUUAAAACCUCCUGAACGUGUCGAUCUUAAGUUAUCAGCGACAAAAGGCGGGCAAACAUCAGCGGGUGCAGGACUAGUGAACUAUCUGCAAUAAGCCAAAGAGCAUUGGAAAAACACUGAUUUGUAGUGUGAAAGUGCUUUAUUCAGUGUUUUUACCAGCUUUAAUCACCUGGUUAAUUGGUUUUGGAGAGGAAGAGACCUCUGAGUAUAAUUCUGCUCCCAGUAAGAAUAACAACUUCUGAAGUUAUUCUAACCGUGAAAAGUUUCAGCUAUUUAAACUCUUUAAUCCGCACCACUAGAUGCCCCUAAAUCCCCCUAAAUCUUACAUACUAUUUCUUUAAACUCCACGCCACCUUAUUUAUUGUCUUGUAAAUGUUAAACACUCCAAGACUCUUGUUUACAAAGAAUAACUUCAGCCAGAAACGGCGUUAAAAUGGCUAUAAUGUGGUCUCCAAAUUGAGUGCCUUAGUUUGUGAUGCAGGCUGUCGGUGCCUGAAGGACCGAGAAUGUCGGACAGCAGCUGACAAUCGCAGUGAUCAUUCCCUUUUGAAAAGAAAAACGAUUGUGUGCAUGAAAACUUGGACUAGGAUGUGUUUUUUUGUUGUUUUUUUCUAUAUUGCUAAAUUGAGCAUUGGUUUUUGAGGAAAGGUGAAAUUAUUUAUAAUUGUGAGAGUCUCCCAAGAGUAUUUACAGUGUAAAGAGCCAAAAAUACAUCCCGGUGGACUGUAAUGAAUAACGGUCGUGUAAACGAGCGCUCAGCCAGGACACAGAUCACAUGCCCAAAUGUGGCGAGACUGGUGGUCCCUCAUGCCAGCGAGUGCAGACAUAAAUAUAACCUGUGGCAGCUGGGGGUGACUCCCUGCGUUCUUGUGAUCAUAUACUUGCUGUGAAAACCUAUACACACGUUAUGUAAGCUUACAUACGACGUCCCACAACGCUUUCGGGUUUAGACCACUGACUCGGAUAUCCAAAGUGCAUCAUUUGACAGUGUUUAUCGCUCGAAACCACUAAAAGUACUGCAGAUGCUCCACAGUUAACUCUGGGUAUUUUUUCAUAUUUGCACGAUGAAUCUGUGAGCUUUCGUUGUGAAGAAUGCUUCUGGCUGUUGUGUGUGUGAGUGUGCGCGCGCGUGUGUGUGUGAGUGAGAGCUGCCAUCGCUGCCAAAGUAUAACUUCUGAUGUUGGUGUAAAGCAGUGAUGCUCAACUUGCAGCCCGUGGGCCGAAUUUGGCCCUCAAUAGGGUGCUGGUGGCCUUUUUCUUAAGCCUCUUUUUCUCUGCACAAACCCCCCCC